UACGAUAAAACUGGCAUAUUAUUCUUGCAGAAACGGAACCAAAGGACGCAGGUUCGGAGAAGUCCACUGGUGUAGUACGUUUGAACACUGUGAGACAAAUUAUUGAACAGGACAAACAUGCUUUGUUGGAUGUGACUCCGAAAGCUGUGGAUCUGUUAAACUACACUCAGUGGUUCCCAAUUGUAGUGUUUUUCAACCCAGACAGCAAACAAGGUGUGAAAGUUAUGAGGCAAAGGCUAAUUCCCACAUCCAACAAGAGUGCACGGAAGCUUUAUGAUCAAGCAAAUAAGUUGAAGAAGACGUGUUUCCAUCUUUUUACAGCUUCCAUUGAUCUAAAUUCAGCCAAUGAUGGUUGGUAUGGCAGCCUUAAAGAUGCUAUUCAACAACAACAAAAUGAAGCAGUAUGGGUUUCAGAAGGAAAGUUGGACGGAGUGGAUGAUGACAUUGAUGAUCGUAUGUCAUAUUUAACUGCCAUGGGUGCCGACUAUCUGAGCUGUGAUAGUCGACUAAUCAGUGAUAUGGAAUCAGAUGGGGAAGGUGGGGCUUACACAGAUAAUGAACUUGAUGAGCCAUACUACGAGCCAAGAGUUUCUUCUAUCAGUCGAUCCUCUGAACCUGUACACCAUGAGGAGAAUCUAAGGAAAUUUAGCCCUGAACCGAAAGCUCAGAUGAGAAAAGCUGGGAGCAGGGAAAUUCUGAGGGAUCCCAGUCCACCCCCAGCCUUCAAGCCUGAACCUCCAAAGGCUAAGUUGCAAAACAAAGAAGAUCCGUAUGAUAUUCCUAAGAAUUACGAACCCAGAACAAACAGCCCUAAUGCACCUAGUAUUGAAAAUUUGGGAGGACCAGCUAAAGUAGCUCCUCCCCCUAUAUCCAUGAAACCAAACUUUGGCCGGCCUAUAUUGAAGUCUUCUCAACCAGUCAUUCAACCUUCUGAAGUGGAAGAAAAAGUGGGAGAAGUUGUAGAAGAGAACACACCAAAAUCUGUGCUGGGGAAAGUUAAAAUUUUUGAGAAAAUGGAUCACAAGGCCAGACUACAAAGAAUGCAAGAACUGCAAGAAGCACAGAAUGCCAGGGUGGAAAUAGCACAAAAACACCCAGACAUUUAUGCAGUCCCAAUGAAAACACAGAAGCCAGAACACAACCGUCCCCAGAUUUCCAGUUCCAGACCUCCUGAGCCUCAGAAGCCGGCUGCUAGAUCUUACCUAGAUAAUCCAGGAAUUUACGGCAGCGAUGCAGAGGAGGAAGAUUAUCGGAAGCAGCUAUCUGAUCACUCCAAGCGUGGAUACUAUGGGCAGCCAUCGAGAUACAGAGAUACAGAAUUAUAAAAUUAUUAGCAGUCAAGCCAUUGUUCUGGGACACACUUGCACAUCAAAAGCUCUGAUACUUUUUAACAAGCAUAUGUAUAUUUGGGGUUAUUAGUGAACCUGACAGGUAUCUUGCUCACUAGAAUGGCGCAGUAUCAUUUAAGUAUUGAAGGGACUGGAUCAUGGUUGCCUAUUUUACAAAAGGACCAAAUAUUUAUAAAGUUGGUAUUAAUUUCUGGCAUCUAUAAAUUUUUAACUUGGAAUUCUUUUCCUUACUGAAAUUGCCUCUUUAAUAGUCUCUUAACUGUUGGGCCUAAUGGAAGCUUGACGAAAACCACAAUGCUUUACUGCAAGAAAAAAAAGUGCCUUUCAAACAAAAAGUGUCUUCACCUGUUCUCUUAACAUCUGAUACUUGUGCAAAGCCAUGAAAUUUCUACUGCUUUUAACUUUUGUAUGUUUCAUACCUCCCAUUUUCCCCUUGGAUGUUAUUUUUCUACUUUAAAUAGAACUGUGCACUAUUUUCAAAUGCAAUGACUGUAUAUAUGAUACUGUUUUCUAGGCUGGCUGCCGUAAGACUAGGGAGUGCCAAGUUUAAGGAAAUUAUGUAGAAAAUAAAGGAGUCUUUGGGUUUUAAAACUUUACAUCACUUGUGAAAUAAAAAAGAUUAUAUUCUACA